AUGGCUGUCGUUCCAGAGAGCAGAGUCCUCACUUUCAGCGUUUUUAAAUGGAGCUCGUACUCCUCCACAUAUUUACCUGAAAAUAUCUUGGUGGACAAACCCAAUGAUCAGUCUUCCAGGUGGUCUUCUGAGAGCAACUACCCUCCACAGUUUUUAAUCUUGAAAUUGGAAAGGCCGGCAAUUGUUCAGAGCAUCACCUUCGGGAAGUAUGAGAAGACUCACGUCUGCAACCUGAAGAAGUUUAAAGUGUUUGGUGGGAUGAGUGAAGAGAACAUGACAGAGCUUUUGUCCAGUGGCCUUAAGAAUGACUACAACAAGGAAACGUUCACCUUAAAGCACAAGAUUGAUGAGCAGAUGUUUCCCUGCAGAUUUGUCAAAAUAGUGCCUCUGAUGUCUUGGGGUCCUAGUUUUAAUUUCAGCAUCUGGUACAUUGAGCUGCACGGUAUUGAAGAUCCUGAUGUGGUGCAGCCCUGCCUUAACUGGUACAGCAAGUACAGAGAACAGGAAGCCAUCCGCCUUUGCCUCAAGCACUUCCGACAGCAUAACUACACAGAGGCCUUCGAGUCACUGCAGAAGAAGACCCGGAUAGCACUGGAGCACCCAAUGCUCACCCACCUGCACGACCGGCUGGUGCUGCAAGGAGACUUUGAUGCCUGUGAGGAGCUCAUAGACAAAGCAGUGAGAGACGGUUUGUUUAACCAGUAUAUCAGCCAGCAGGAGUACAAGCCCAGGUGGAGUCAGAUCAUCCCAAAAUGCAACAAAGGUACAAGCGCCCAAGAAAUCAACCGAGACGACAUGAACAGUGAUGGUGACGACAACAGGCCAGGGAUGAGGGGAGGACAUCAAAUGGUCAUUGACGUCCAGACUGAGACUGUGUACCUGUUCGGGGGCUGGGACGGCACACAGGACUUGGCUGACUUCUGGGCUUACAGUGUUCAGGAGAACCAGUGGGCCUGCAUCUCCAGAGACACUGAGAAGGAGAGUGGUCCGAGUGCUCGUUCGUGCCACAAGAUGUGUAUCGACUCCCAGCGGCGUCAGAUCUACACACUGGGCCGCUACCUGGACUCCAGCGUCAGGAACAGCAAGUCCCUGAAGAGCGACUUCUACCGCUACGACAUCGACGCCAACACCUGGACGCUACUCAGCGAGGACACGUCGGCCGACGGGGGGCCCAAGUUGGUGUUUGACCACCAGAUGUGCAUGGACUCAGAGAAGCACAUGAUCUACACGUUUGGCGGUCGCAUCCUGACGUGUAACGGCAGCGUGGAGGACAGUCGGACGUCGGAGCCUCAGUUCAGCGGCCUGUACGCCUACCACUGCCAGGCCGGAACGUGGAGCCUGCUGCGGGAAGACUCGUGUAACGCCGGGCCAGAGGACGUCCAGUCCCGCAUUGGACACUGUAUGCUCUUCCACACUAGAAACCGCUGUCUGUACGUGUUCGGAGGUCAGAGGUCAAAGACGUAUCUUAAUGAUUUCUUCAGCUACGACGUGGACGGAGACCAUGUGGAGAUCAUAUCUGACGGCACCAAGAAGGACUCAGGCAUGGUGCCGAUGACGGGCUUCACCCAGAGAGCCACCAUUGACCCCGAGCUCAACGAGAUCCACGUCCUGUCGGGCCUCAGCAAGGACAAGGACAAGCGCGAGGAGAACGUCCGCAACUCCUUCUGGAUCUACGACAUCGCCCGCAACAACUGGUCAUGCGUGUAUAAGAACGAUCAGGCAGUGAAAGAAAACCCGAGCAAGGCUCUGCAGGAGGAGGAGCCGUGUCCACGCUUUGCACACCAGCUGGUCUACGAUGAGAUGCACAAGGUGCAUUACCUGUUUGGUGGAAACCCCGGGAAGUCUUGUUCACCCAAGAUGCGCCUGGACGACUUCUGGUCCCUCAAACUGUGUCGGCCCUCCAAGGAGUACCUACUCCGCCACUGCAGAUACCUCAUCAGGAAAUACAGGUUUGAGGAGAAAGCCCAAUCGGAGCCACUGAGCGCACUAAAAUACCUGCAGAACGACCUUUCACUGACGGUGGACCACACAGACCCUGAUGAGACCAAAGAGUUCCAGCUUCUGCCCUCGGCUCUCUUCAAGUCCAGCUCUGACUUCAUCCCUCUGGGUUUCUCAGAUGUAGACCAGACGUACGCUCAGCGGACGCAGCUCUUCGACACGCUCGUCAACUUCUUCCCGGACAGCAUGACCCCGCCCAAGGGCAACCUGGUAGACCUCAUCACGCUUUAGCCCCUCCCACCCCUGAUACAGCCACCCAUCCCGCAUCGCCGCGCCCACUGGACUGACUGAACACCUCCCCAUCCACGCACCUGAUGGGACGGAGGAGACAGAGACCAGUUAUUUUUCUACUCUGAGCCGUGCUGGUGGGAUUAAGCUUCAUGUGGAACGUCCUGCUGUCAGUCUGCAUCGCCAGACGGCGAGGGUCGGAAACACACACUUCAACAACACUGUGGUAUUUGGAUAUGAGCAAAACUCCACAACCUGAGGUGUGUGUGUUUUGCUUUUCCCAAGAUCUUUCUUUGCUUUUCUUGCUGAUGAAAAUGUGUUGGAGGAGCACACAGAGCCCUUCUCAACUCUGCCAAACUUCGCUUGUGUUUUUCAUCAUCGCUUGAUUUUUUUUUUUCCCCAGAAACGUUAAGGCCAAAAAAGAGGAUUUGCACGCAUUUGUUUGCGCUCUUUUUUCAUAGAUUUUUUUUUUUUUUUUUUUUAAGUGUUGGAUUUGUUCUCGUUGUACCCACGCAAAACGCCCACACAGUCGGCCGCAGGCGUCCAGCCACAUGUUUGGAGUAAAACAGAUGGCGUCUGUUCAGGCCAAUUGUUAUGAAAGUUAAGUUCAGACUCACUGGUUGUUAAUUUAUUUGAAGACAGGACGGUGUGACCACGAUACAAGGAAGCCACUGCACUCUCCACAGCUACAAGCUCAUCUGUUCUGUUGGUAAAAUCUCAGCAUCUCUCCUGCAAAAACUGACGGGAACGUUCACGUUGACGAGUCAGUUAGCCUGCUUUUCUGGACACGUGCCCCUAUUUAUGAUCAUGACGGAACAAAAACAGUCACAAAAUGUGAUCAUGUGGUGUGAACAAUAGAGGAAUGAUUCCAUGAGAUAAAGUUUAAUAUAAAUAUACCUUCAUCUUGGUAUUUGUAGUGAUCCCUGUAAAACUGGCUGGUGAAUUUGGAUUUACUACAGGAGACACAAGAUUAAGUUUUAAUUUUGUUCCACAGUAAUUAAUUGACUGUAAAGUCAUUCUAAGUAGUGAAAUGCUGUACAGAAUAUGUAAAUAUACAUAUAGGACUUCUUUGGAUUGAACAGAUUCUGUGCUGGGUCACGUUCUUUUUUUUUUUGUCCCUCUUCAUCACAAAGUCAGGGUCCACAUGAAGCAACUUUCCGGCUCAUUAUUACUUAUUCGCAGGAGCAGAAAAUAAUUGGCGUGCUUGUUUGAAUGAAGUGCUGGUGCCAGUAAUCCAGUGUGAGAAUUAGAGCGGGAAAAGGCAUUUUAGGUGUGUUUGUCAUGGCGUGUUGACAGGUUGUUCCUUCAGUGUGAUGAAAAAUCCCAAACGUGCCCCUGAAAAGAUUUGUGAAGUAGACAGCAGGGUUGAGUAGAACCAGCCUCACUUCUGCGUCAUCCAUUACAACCGUGCAAUGUACAAAUUUGUCAGGUAUGUUAACACUUAGACCAUGGCCACUCGCCAACAAAAGGCCAUACAUCAUCAAAUUAAUGAGCACUAGUUUUUUUCUUUCACUAAUGAAUUAUUUAGCAUUGCGUGGCUCUAGGAUUUGCAGUGUUGUUCUCCUGCUUCAGUCCAGAAAUAUGUUGACACUAAUGAACUGACUGAAAUGAGUUUUUCUACUGACAUUCAUGGUUCCCAGCUGAUGGAUCCUACUGACUUUGCUGAUGUCUGACCUCUCACUUCGUGCCACCAUGAGGUUGACAUUUGUAGUUCAGAGUGAAAUAUCUUAAACUACUGGAUGGAUUUCAGAGUGCUGAGAUAUUCUCUGUCCCUUGAGGAUUUAUUGUAAUUACAUUGACGAUGUUCUGAGUUGUUCUUUAGUGCCACCAGCGGGUCAUGCUGAAAUGUUUCUCUUAUUCAGUGAAACAUCUCGAGAUGAUAAAUCCUACUGACGUUGGUGAUCCCCUGACUUUUCAUCUAGCGCCACCAUGAGGUUAACAUAUUAUUGAAAUAUUUCAACAACUGUUGGACUGAUUGUAAUGAAAUUUGGUUUGGACAUCCAUGCUGCCCUUAGGAUGAUUUGUAAAAACUUUCAUUUCCUGGCCUUUCUUCUAGCACCACCGUCAGGCCAGACUUUGCGUUUUAUCCUCUUCGGUUGCCUUUAUUUACUUUGUUUUAUGGCCAAAUACAUGCGAAACUCAUUCCCAUCUGCCUCAGCCUGACUUCGUAUUUAGUGCUUAUUUAGCAAAUGUCAGCAUGCUAGCACGCUAAAUUAAGAUGGUAAACAUUAUACCUGCUCAGCAUCAACAUGCUAACAUUAUGACUGCGAGCAUGUUAGCAUGCUGAUGUUAGCAUUUAGCUCAAAGUAAAGCCUCACAGAGCCUCUAGUGUGGCUGUAGACUGUUAGUUUGCUAUUUCUCUUAUUUUAUUGGCUUCUCAACAGCUCUGUCUCCAAGCUCUUCGGCUAAGCCUCACUGCACCUGUCUUCACCAAUGAAGUUUAAUACUGGCACAUUCAGUUAGACCUGCAAGCAAACACCUCUGUCAUUGACGUCCAGUGAUACUGUGCAGUUGCUGAAAGUUAGUCCACUGCCAGCCAAUCAGAGUCUAGGAUUUUCAGUGGCCAUGGUAUAAGUUCAUUUUAGGGACACAAAGCUGGUUGCUGUCUGCCAGGCAUGAGUUGGUUUCAGUUGAAACAGAGGACUUAGACUGACAGCUGGCUGCCUGUUGAGAGAAAGUCCGUUCAGACAGUGACAGGCUGGUUUUCUGUGGUCGUCAUCAAGAGGCUUAUUUAUUAAUUCUGAUAACCAGAUACUUGAUUUACUCAUAUAGGGAGUGUGUGUGUGUGUGUGUGUGUGUGUGUGUGUGUGUGUGUGUGUGUGUG